AUGUCCUCCCCAGACCACCUAACCCCCUCCGAACUCGGAACAAAAGAAUACUGGAACACCCUCUACACCCGCGAACUAACAAACCACACCUCCAACCCCGCCGACAUAGGCACAAUCUGGUUCGACGACUCCGACGCCGAAACAAAAAUGAUUCAAUUCCUAAACACCCUCCCCCUCCCCCAGGACACAACCUUCCUCGACCUCGGCUGCGGCAACGGCUCCAUCCUCCUCUCCCUGCGGGAAGACUUCCCCGGCCGCGCCCUCGGCGUAGACUACAGCCCGCAAAGCAUAGCGCUCGCCAAACAAGUCGCAUCCUCAAAGGACCUAGAGGACAUUGAAUUUCGAGAAUGGGACAUAAUCGGGGGUUCAUACGACGCGGUGCUGACGGACGCCCAAAAAGACGGAUGGGACGUUGUUCUCGAUAAAGGCACCUUCGAUGCCAUUUCGUUGUCGGAGCAAAAGGAGCAGGGGAGACGGCUUUGCGAACUGUAUCCCCGACGGGUGGUGCCGCUUGUGAAGAAGGGGGGCGUGUUUUUGGUGACGAGUUGUAAUUGGACGGAGGAGGAGUUGACGAAUUGGUUUACGGGGGAGGAUGCGGGCGGUGCGUUUGUCGUGGAGGGACGGGUGGAAUAUAGGACGUUUAGUUUUGGGGGUGUCAAGGGGCAGACUAUUAGUACCUUGUGCUUUAGGAGGGUAUGA